ACACUUGAAAGACCAAUUUCUCUUAUUCUAAAGAAUUCUAUCAGAGACGAAGUCUUUUUUUCAAUUUCUAUCUCAACUACUGGGUUUUCCUGUGUGAUUCCCUUUGGCAGGAAGGGACCUAUUGAGCCAAUUACUACAGUCAUGGAUGGGUCUUUAAAUGAAACUUAUUGAUGUCUCCAGGCACUUGAAAGGUUUUAGCUUCAUUCAGGAUCCAGCCAGUCUAUUCUCUCUCCCUUAUUUCUUUUUUUUUUGUCUUCCUUUCUUCCCAUCUAAGAAUUUGUCCAAUUCCAUCUUUCUGCUUAGUCCUGUUUAGCUUUCCGUUGCACAUGUGUGUGUGUUGUCUGCAAUGUUGUAUCAAUACUUCCAAUCAGGCAUCAGGUUUUCCAGGUGCUUCAAAUGCAAUGAGCCAAAGUAGUAGUUUGAACCCGCUGAGCAGUGGAAGUGGUGCAAUAGCCUCAGACUCCAAUGUGACAUUAUGGCAGUUUCUGUUGGAGUUGUUGUUGGGUGGAUCACAGCAUGCUCAUCUCAUAUCAUGGACGGGAGAGGAAGGCGAAUUCAAACUUUUGGAUGCCGAAGCCGUUGCUCGCCUCUGGGGUCAGCGCAAAAACAAAGCCAACAUGAAUUACGACAAAUUAAGCAGAGCUCUCCGAUAUUACUAUGACAAAAAUAUCAUUCGGAAAGUCAUGGGUCAGAAAUUUGUCUACAGAUUCGUGUCAUAUCCGGAAGUGAUGAAAGCGGAUAAGUUAUCAUAUUCCUCGCCCUCGUUGGCAAAUCGAAUGAUAAUGAAAUCUGAGAAGCAGGAGGAAGAAGAGAUCGCCGCUGCUCUUCGUGACAGCAACAAACAACAUGCCGAGAAAGUGUGUUCAUCCAACCCACAGGCAAUCGGCCUACCGGGUUUCUAUCUCAAUGGAAUGGGAAUGCAGUCCAUUGCUAGAUUAGCGUACGCAUCAAGCGGCGAGGUCCCCGGGUUAGUUCGGCCCAUCUCCACUACAGCGCCUCUACAGUUCAAUAACAACAACAGUGUCCAUGUUGUUAAUCCAUCGCUACCUGCCUAUACACUGCCAUCUGAUUAUGGACUCAAUUUAAGCUCCAAAAUCGCAGACUCCAAAUCGAAUGAUGCAAAAGAUUCGGCCAAAAGAAACAGUGAGGAAGAAACAGCGGCUCGUCAAAAUAGUGCCAAUUCUGCUUAUCCAGAUGGGGGACAGAACUCAAACGAAAGAGUCGACAGAGAUGCAACCGUACCACUCAAUUUAAGUGCCGACACGGCUGAUGACAAGAAAGCCAAGCGUGUAGCGAACGAUGCCGAAAACUUAGAAAUGGAUCGAAUGAAACGGGUCAAAAGUGAACAGACCGAAGCCACGGAUUUAAGCAUGAAAAACACUGCAACUGCUUCACAGGGCCGCCUUAGCAGCCAUUCGCAGGAGGCGAGCAACGAAUUCGUCGGCAAUCGGCUUUCUCGACCGAAAGCCAGACCCAAACCUCGGCCGUUGGUUCUUCCUGAUUCAUCUCUUUCCCAUUUUCGGGGUGGGAAUAUGCCACCCGUUUCCAGUCCACUGAGCUCUUCGCCGUGUUCUUCGUUGUCGCCAUCCACCUUGAAUUCACCCGCCCCUUCUUCAUCCCCAUCAGUCUCUUCGCACAAUCACGCCACGAUGAGCAAACCUCCUCAUUCGCCCUCGCUGCAGACACCGUUCUUCAGCAACUUUCCAGCUCCACUUCCGUCGCCUAGUCUUUUUCCAAACUACCCUUCUCCGUUUAUUCCGCUGCAGACACCGCUGCCUCAUCCGCACAGUCACGCCCUAAACACGGCUCAACUUCAUUUUUGGAGCUCGCUCAGUCCCUUGGCGGUCGCCAGUAGCCCCCGUUAUCCCAUCAACAGUAAAGGUUCGUCCGGAAGCGUGAGUGGAGAGAGCGGAAGUGAAGGGCCUCCUUCUUCGGCCGCAAUGCUCAGUGCCUUCCCUAGUUCGUCCGCUCUCCCGUCACUCUCGCCUUCUCAUUUUACUUUUCCCGUACCAGCUUUCCCGUUUACUGCACCGCUUUCGUACUCCAAUCCAUUGCGGUCUCCCCUUUUCACUCCUGGGCCUCAUAUGAACCUCAGCAACCACCGGAAAGAGCGGGAAAAGGUCAAAGAGGAACCCAGAGACGAAAUGGGCCAUGCUGAUAAUGAGGAAUUGGACGAAAAAUCCAAAUCUGUUGUAAAAAGGGAAGAAGAAGGUGAUGUUGCAGACAAAAGUGAUGAGACAACUUCCGCGCGGACACGGUCCGUUUCAUCUUCCCCUUCUGAAUCUUGAUUCAUAGGAUUGUCGUCUUCUUUUUUCUAUUUUUAAUGGUUGUUUAGUUGGUUUUUUUCAUUAUUACUUUUUGAGUGAGUUUCGGCCGAUCAGACUUGGUGUCUGGACGAUUUUAUUUCAAUUUUUUUCUUUCGUUUCUAUAGCCUUAUCAACAACAAAGUCCUGCGGUCUUCCAUUCUUUUUCCUUUCUUUUUUUUUUGUCAUUCAUAUUAAGUUGGAUUUUCCCCCUUUCCCAAAAUUACAACGAUUGGUUUGUAAUUAUGGUCAAAUUGAAAUUUUCAUUGCGAGACUUUUUUUUAAAACUAUAAACUGUUUCAGACAUCCAUCAGAUAGCCGAUUCUAGUUUCUGCUAGAAGGUUCUUUUUUCUCGUUGUUGCUUUUAUCGUUGAUAAUAGCGUAUAACUUACGUUAGUUUCCUUUUGUGUUUGCCUGCAUUUGUUGUCGUUUUUAGAAAUCACCGAUUUUCUUUUUUUUUUUUUCAAUCUUGAUUUGGAGUGGGUGGCGAAUGUAUCAAGAUGUAACUUGUUUAGUGUGUUAAGUUGUAUAUUGACGUGCCUUGACUCGACGGUUCAAUCUUUCACCUAUUUGGGAUAUGAAAUCGCGAUGCGUUUCUAUAGCUUGGCAUUAUGGUACGCUAGAGAAUGUGAGGAUGUGCCGAUCAAGAGGAAAUACCUGAGGGAUCUUCCCCAAUUUUUAAAACAAGAAAAAAAAUUCUGAAUGUUGCCAAUUAUUGAACGACUUAUUAUAAGAAGUGCCAUCGCGUUCCGAUGUUGCGGACUGCGUUUUUUCCCCCUCUUCUUACUAUCAUCGCUCCUUUCUAUAAUAUUUUUUUCUCCUUUUUCAAAGCUAGAUUGAUGAAAGCUUAGUUGAAAUUAUGGAUAACUGUUUAAAACGCCAAAUUUUUUGAAAAUUCAUCGUAAAAGGGGACACCAAUCUGUUCUUAUAUCCCAGAAAACCACCAGCUCAAACUAUCCGAGGGUUCAUUGCUGUGAUAGUUAGGCGACUUGUUUUUGAUUGAUCGCAAGAGGAGAGAAAAAAAAAACUACAAAAGCUGUUUCAUCCUCGUUUUGAAGAAAAACAAAAAAAUUAUUCUUUUCAGAAAUCGGGGGUCAUUUGAAAACAUCAUUUUGAUCGGUGUCGAACGUACGCCUCUUCCUCGAAUACCUGCUCCGUCUCUCCCACCCCUCUCUCCUUUGAUUGUUUUUAAAAACUCGUUUGCAAAAUACGGUUAAUUCCUCAUCAUCUUUUAUAUUGUCUUGCUGAUUGGAAUGUGAAGAAAGAAACCCGACGGCUUAGCCGGUGUGGUGUUUCCGUUUUCUCUUCGAAUCGAUGAGUGUCAAAUGAACGUACUCAACAAUACACCAUCAUUACGCGGUA